GUUAACGGCAGCCAACCGGAGGCGGGUUUUAGAGAAAAGACCCAAUCAGGAGGCCGCGGAGGUGUGCCUAGGGGCUUAUAAGGCAGGCCUCGCGGCGCGCGCGGCAGCAGUUAGACUGCGGCGGGCCUGUGUUUUCAGGCCUCUGUGAGGCGUUGCUUUUCACCGGUCUACCUCGCGCAAUAUGUCGGGCCGCGGCAAAACCGGCGGCAAGGCCCGUGCUAAAGCCAAGUCGCGCUCAUCGCGCGCUGGUCUCCAGUUCCCCGUGGGCCGCGUGCACCGGCUUCUGCGGAAGGGCCACUACGCCGAGCGAGUCGGCGCCGGCGCUCCGGUGUACUUGGCGGCGGUGCUGGAAUAUCUCACCGCCGAGAUCCUGGAGCUGGCCGGCAACGCGGCCCGCGACAACAAGAAGACACGAAUCAUCCCCCGCCAUCUCCAGCUAGCCAUCCGCAACGACGAGGAGCUCAACAAGCUACUGGGCGGCGUGACAAUCGCCCAGGGAGGUGUCCUGCCCAACAUCCAGGCCGUGCUGCUGCCCAAGAAGACCAGCGCCACCGUGGGGCCGAAGACUCCCGCCGGCGGCAAGAAGACCACCCAGGCCUCUCAGGAGUACUGAGGGGCACCCGCGCCGCGGCCGCCCAGCCCUCCCCAUGCCACCACAAAGGCCCUUUUAAGGGCCACCACCGCCCUCACGGAAAGAGCUGAGCCACGUCGGGCCGCGGGACGGGCGGACCGCG